AAAAUCACUUAAAAUAAAUGUCAAAGGAAGUUAGCGAAUUGGUUAUUACAAGGCUAAAAGCAGAGCGUAGAGCGUGGCGAACUGAUCAUCCACAUGGAUUUGUUGCCAAACCUAUCACUAAAGAGGACGGAACAGUUGAUUUGCUUAAAUGGGUAUGUGAAAUACCAGGACCACAAGGAUGUCCUUGGGAAGAGGGUACCUACACUUUGCACAUGGACUUUUCGCAUGAUUAUCCUAUGAAACCACCCAAAUGUUAAUUCAAACCUGUCUUGCCACAUCCAAAUGUCUACCCUUCUGGAACUGUUUGUCUAUCAAUUCUCAACGAAGAGGAAGACUGGAAAUCUAGUAUAACAGUGAAACAAAUCUUACUUGGCAUUCAGAAACUAUUAAAAGAUGAACCCAACAUUGAAAGUCCUGCUCAAUAUGAACCAUGCAAUUAGUACAAAAACAACCGUCAAGAAUACUUGAAGAAAGCAAGAGAAUUUGCUGCCUCACUCAAGAAGCAACCAUAAUGAUCAGUCAAUAUCUAUAUCAAUUAUUAAGUUUUAAUUACACCGUUCUAA